GGUGGGCGCUGCGGGAAUUUCGCCUUUGUUCUACAUUCUCAGCGCAGUAGCAUUUUGUUAUUUUGCCAAGGAAGCCAUCUAGGCGCCAAAUCCGAAGCUUUCAGGGAACAAGAACUUUGCGAAAUUAUAACUAAACUAACUCAGUAUGGGGAAAGAGAAAACCAAAGAAGAUAUUUUUACAUGGACUGAUCAGGAAAUCGAACUGUUACUGGAAACAGUAAAGGCUUAUUCUUCGCAAUGCUCAUACGAAGGAAAGGAUUGGGAAAGCAUCAAAUCAAAAUAUGACAAGAUAAAAGAAUUGUUUAUCGAAAGGUACCCAAAAGAAUCAGAGGAAGAAUUCCCAAAGUUGUCUGUUCUUGACAGUAUAACUAAAGAGAGAGUGGCCGCAAAAGUGAAGAAGCAGUUGCGUGUCAAGUACAAGAAGGCUGUCGACUUUGGUAAGAGAAGUGAUGGAGAACGUAUCAUAAUGACCUACUACGACCUAUGCAUGGAUAUAUGGUCCGGUUCACCAUCCACAAACAGCAUUCAAGGAGGUAUUGAUACUAGUUCACCAGAGGACAGUAAGUCGAAUCUGGGGAUAUAUCCAUUGAAGAAGACAGUGCUUUCCAGGAUGAGAAUGCUGAAGAAAUCAUUGGAAUAACAGGGGUAAUGCAGAAGAUAGACAGGAAGUUAGUGAUAGUUCAAAUGAGCCACAAAGAGUGGACAGGCGAGAAAAAAUAUCUAAAUUUUUGAAAGAUCGAAAAGAAAAAAAUAUGAUGUCCAAAAAAUCUUUUGAAAGCCAGCAGUUGAGUUUGAUGAGAGAAGAUGUUUCUCUGAAGUGAAAAUUUGCUGAACAGGCUGAACCAAUGGACAAAGAAUUUUUGCAAGAUGCAAAGAAAAUGACAACUUCAAUGGAGCGCAUGAUAGAGGCAAUGACAGGGUGCAUGGAAUUUAUGCAAAGAAUGUGCACAAUGCAGAUGCACCAACAAAACAUGUUGUUAGGGAAUCAAAAUGCCAUGAAUUACAUCUUGUCCCCUUCAUCAAGCCCUAAAUUCAGUUUUCAACAGCAAGGUCUACAACGUAAUGUUGCUCAAUCUUCAAGCAGAUCAACAAGAAAUGAAAAUGUAGAGUCAUUCUUGAAUUUAUUAAAUAGCUAGUGAACAUUGUUAUAUUUAUCUUAACAGAAAAAAACGUGUUUCUGAAAGAAAGAUUCAAACAGUGUAUUUUUCUGAUUUUGUUGCAUAUUAAGUUGGUUAGUGUUUAACAGUUGAAUAUCUUUUUCCCUUUUCAUUCAAAAUAUUUCAUAAAGAUUUUUCUGUUUUUCUUUCCAUCUGACUCAUUACUAUCACUAUUUGCAAACUGAGGCUGGAAUGCAUUGUCAUAGUUUUCUGCUACUAUUUGACUCAUAUCUGCAAUACACUAAUUAUUCAUCUCGCAAAAAUUAUGGAGGAUAAAACAUGCAAGUACAGUUUUUGGGACAGAUGCAACAUUAAUAUCAAUUGGCUUUCUCAAAAUACUGAAUCUUGAUUUCAACCAUCCAUUCAUCCUUGCAGAUGAUAAUUUGUACCCGAAAAAUUGCUCUUCCUGGGUAUUGCCACCUUUAGGGAAUUCUUUCAUUACAUAUGGAAGCAAAGGGUAAGCAGGAUCCCCCAGCAAGCACACAGGAACAGAAUCUUCACCUUGCACAAUUGCUCUUGGACAUUUUGGUAUCAUUCCAUCUCUCAUCAUUUCAUUGAUCUUAGAAUUGCUGAAUACUCCUGCAUCAUGUACACUUCCAGGCCAUCUAAUGUCAACAUCAAAGAACAAUAUCUAUAAUCGACGCAAGCCUGAGCAUUCAAACUGUAGAAACCUUUAUGGUUUAUAAAGUCGAUAGGAUUAUCUGGGGAUUUUUUGAUUAGAAUAUGGGUUCCAUCAACAGCCCCAAUGCACUGAGGAAAGCCAAAAGCAUUGUAAAAACAUGAAGCCAUCUCCUGGACUUGUUCUUCUGUUUUUGGAAUACUUAUGUAUUUUUUCACAAGGUGUGUUGAAAUUGCUGUAGUCACUCUGCUGACAGUUCUAGAAACUGUUGGAACUGCACAGCCAAAUGCAUUGGCAGUUUUUUGCAUCCGACCUCCAUCAGACAAAUAAUAAAGCGUCAGAGCUAACUGUUUUUCAGGUGACAUAGGAAUCCUCAUGUUGGUUGUUUGCAAUGUGAUGAAUGGACGAAGUUCUGAACAAAGUUUAAAAAAGUUCGUUCGUGAAAUUCUUAAAUUUUUCUUCCAUCGAUUAUCCAUGGAUAUCCCAUUCAACAGGUUUAGCCACCAAACAUUCGCCCUUCCUGGAUUCUCCCAAAACCUUCUAUUUGCUCUUUUUUUCUAACUUUACUAACUGCAGGCCUAGACGACAGUGAAAUCAUUCUCAAUAAACUUUUUCUUCUGGCAAUAUAGCACAUGUAUAAAUUGUUAAACAUCUGGACAUUCAAGGCCAUAGCAUUCGCGAUACUUGUGAUUAUAGUCAUGAGAGAGCUGAUUGUCGAGUUGUAGGCGUCCAUCUUUGAAUAUUUUGUUUUUAAAAAAGGCGCCAAAUGUGCAAAUGAACACGAGAUUGUUUCUGAUAAUGAGGCAUCGUUUUCAUUUCAUAUCGUAUUCGGCUGUUUACACGAGAACAGAGGCAUAUCGGAUUCAUUUGAAAACGCAAAAACGGUAUGAAGCAUAUCGGAUUCAUUCGUUCUCGUGUUAACAGAAGGCCAAUCCGAUAUCAAAUGAAUCGAAUGAUUUCCGAAUGAUUUCUUGCAGUCAUCGUCUUUCAUUAAAAAUAAUUUAGUAUUUUUUCAGCCAUACUUGUGUUAAGUUAAAUUCAAUUCUUUAUAUUGACUUCUUUACUUUAUGAGGUUUCUUUCAUCUGGUGGCCGUAGGGCAUUUAAUCAUCCCUUUCCCUGCUCUUUGAGACCCUGCAUAUAUGUUUACCCUGCGUUUGUGAAAAAUAUGGAAAAUUUUCUAGCUUUGACGAUAAAGUUAGCUUUAACAUUGCACGCUUAUACCGUUUAUCACUGCACAAAUUGGUUAUCAAAACUAGAUAUACGUAUCUUGGAUCGACAGGUUAAACGUCUGUAAAUUAUCUGAAGAAAGCCCACCGUCCCCCUUCCCCCACCGCCCCCCUUCUCCCUUAACACAUUUGAAAAUUCAAAUUGCAAAAAGGUUUAAAUGUUUCUUCUGCAAACGUAAUUCUACUGUAAAUAAGCGAAAUAGAGAACCCGUAGAAAACGAGUUUUGUCCCAAAGAGUUACCGUCUUAAAGACCUUUACAUGGUAUUUCGCAUCUCCAGAUCUCUGACAAGAGCGUAAAUUGGGACCACGGUAACCGCCUACGACACAAAAUAUUUGUGUCAAAGAUUGGAAAAUAAAACAAUCCAUGAAGAUCAAUAAGAAGUUUCUUCACUGCAAGCAAGCCAGAUUUGCAAAAACUAUUGCAAAAUAUUUUCACUCGCCACGAGAAACCGGUUUGAAAAAAAAUGACUUAGGUGAAAUAUCACCUUUAGGUGAAGAUACUGCUUAUCGCUUUCCAAAGAAAAACUACAACAGGUUAGUAUUUAGA